AUGGCGAGCCCAUGGGAGGAUCGUCCGCAAAGCCUGAGACCCAUAGAUACAUCUUAUCACGGCCAACACAUCACUUCCUGGUCGCCAUCAGUCAUCGCCGUUAUCAUACUCAUCGCCGACAUCACAUUUGUUAUGUUGGCCAUGUCUGUUGUCGACGCUGAUGGUUGUCGUGGUCGACACAUGCAAAGCCUGUCUUAG